UCUUCUGUGUGUAAAGCAAGAAUCUAAAGGAAACAGUAACAAUGUCGACUGAGGACAAGGCUGCCUAUCAUGCUGGCGAGGCUAAAGGACAAACUCAGGAGAAAACGAAUAAUUUGCUGGGAAAGGCUUCUGAUACGGCAGCAGAAGCCAAGGACAAGACUGCCGAGACUGCUCAGGCAGCAAAGGAUCAUGCAGUAGAAGGGAAGGAUAAUGCUGGUAGCUAUCUACAGCAGGCUGGAGAUAAAAUUAAGAGUGCUGCUCAGGGAACUACCGAAGCUGUUAAGAACACUUUGGGCCUGGGAGAGCAAAAAUAGAAGGAACUGGGCAUUAGCAUUGACUUACGAUUUAGUUAUGUUUGCUUUUGACUGCUUUUAUUUUAAUAAUAUGCUUUAGCUUCGGUAGUUGUCUAAUUUCAUGUUUUGAAAUGAUAAAUGGAAGCUUUUUAGUUGGUGCUAUCAUUAAAUUAGUAGGUGACA